AUGGCCGAAGCAGGGCAACCACGAACUCUUACGACGGCCUUCGCUCCGCCCCCGCCAUUAUGGAAACACUUCACCCCCGAUAACAUCAAGCGAUUGGAACAAAUCAAGAAAGAAGCUUCCAAAGGCGAGGAUGGCAAGCCGCGGAAGAAGAAAUGGACGCCAGCUGAGCUCCGCGAACUGGACCUUCCACCUGAGCUACGAUGUCUCGUACCACCAGCAAUCCCGACGUCCGGACAUUAUAGCGUUUUCGGGGAGCUUCAAAGCUUGUCAACCGCUUUACCAUCGCUCCAAGAACAAGGAAUCACACAGCUCUAUCCCUCGACCCCGCCUGCCGAGACCGAUGAACAAGAACCAUCCCAACCGACCCUGCCAUUGAACCACGCAUACUAUCUACUCAAAAUCAGCAAGUCCCUCCUAUUGAACUUCCUAGAAUUCGUCGGCAUUCUCUCGGUCGCUCCGGAACAGUUCGAGGCCAAGGUGGAAGACCUGCGCAAUCUGUUCAUCAACGCCCACCACCUCCUGAAUCUCUACCGGCCGCACCAGGCUCGCGAGUCGCUGAUCAUGAUGAUGGAGGAACAAUUGAACCGAACGAAGCAGGAGGUUGAAGAAAUGGACAACCUCAAGGCUGAAAUCACGGGAGUUCUGGAGCGGCUCGAGGCUGACGGCCAAGCUGCGCAAGCGUCAGCGCAGGCCGACAAGGAUAGCAAACAAAGUCUGGCCACGGACGAGCAAGCCCUUGAGGACGCAAAACUGGUCUGGGAUCUGUUGGACGAGAAGAUCAAUAGUUGA